UUCCGCCUCUAACGCAAGGAACUUGUGCCAUAGACAGAUGAGAGAUAUUGUGAUGGAUUUUACACCGCAUCGUGCAUGGAGAAACUGAGUGACAGCGCUAACAACAGGAGGAAAAACGCAGCACAGAACAUAAAUCUGCCCGAGAACUAAGUCUCCCGACUUGCAGCAAUGAGCGCAGAAGACAUCGUUUACACUGGCUGGCUCAUCAAAUCACCUCCAGAAAAGAAAUUAAAGCGCUACGCCUGGAGGAAGCGUUGGUUUGUGCUACGCAGUGGUCGAAUGAGUGGCAAUCCAGAUGUCCUAGAAUACUACAAAAACCACCACUCCAAGAAACCUCUGCGUAUGAUAAACCUCACACAAUGUGAGAAUGUUGAAGCUGGCUUAAAGCUCGGUAAAAAAGAAUUCCAGAACAGCUACAUUUUUGAAGUUAAGACUCCCACCCGUACAUUUUACCUGGUGGCUAAAACACAGGAUGAAAUGAACAGCUGGGUACGACACAUCAGUCUAAUCUGUGGCUUUAGUUCCAGUGACGAUGGAACAGAUUCCCUUGGGAGCUCUUCCCCUACUACCUCUUCAUCUCUUCAACCAUCUCCUGCUGUUUCAACUCAUACAUCACAGUCAAUCAAUAGGGAUCAAUUUCCCACAGCUCAGGAUUCUGCAAUGGAAGCCGACUCCAGGAGGAGAGAGUCAGAAUCUACAAUGUCUGCCGUCAUGCCUCUGGAUUAUCUCAUUUUAUCCCAAUGUGAGACCAAAUCAAUUGGUAUUGCCAGAAGCAACAGCUGUUCACCGUGUGAUAGAUCGCUUGAUCACUCCUUUGAGUUGACAGGAUCUGAUGAUAUUCAGGAGAAUCUACAGCCCAAGAAUGGCACCCCAACACAAACAUCUUGCAAUGUGCCUUUAUAUAAAAAUCUGCAAGAUUCACAAGUCGUCAUUUUUCCCAAUCAAGAUCAAAGCGGACCUUCAUCAGCAUCAUCAUCUCCAAUGUCAGUGUAUUCGUUCUCACAGAUCUUUAACUUUGACAAAAACCAUAAUGCACUGCCAUUUGGUGUAACAGGGAUUCACCUUUUGUCCAACACUCCUCCACCAAGGCCACCAAAACCAAACCAACUAACAGAGCGUGAAAAGACUCACAAAGUGAUUCAGAAUGGGAAUGGUGCCUAUGCAAUAAAUCCAGCACCAGUACCGAAAAGAAUCCCCCUCUCAAGUCUGGAGAAAAGAAGUUGGAAAGAUACAGAGGCGUGCAAUUUGCUGCCAUUUACUGAUUUCCAAGGGAACUGCAUAAUGUCUGCAAAUGAAGGACUUAAUCUAAAUAUGAAGCUCCCUGGUCAGCAGGGUAAUACCACAUACAGUACUGAUGACAGCUAUGUCCCUAUGAAUCCAGGAUCAUCUCCACUAAUGCCUCCAGCUGACUGCACAUCAGAUGGGUACAUUCCUAUGAGUCCAGCAUGUACAAACCUGGUCUUGCCAUCAGUUGUAACAGACAAUCUGCCAUUACCUACACUUUCCACAGACAUUGAACCUCCUCCAGUUAACAGGAACCUCAAGCCUCGAGUCAGAAAGAUCAAACCACCACCUUUAGAUCUGACGAGCCUAUCGACAAUCAGGGGGCAUUACAACCACUCUUGUGUCAACAGGACGUGCAGUAUGCCAUUUAGGUGGAGUACAGCCAACUGCACCACACCAGAGAGUCAAUGUACUUCAGCCAGAAGCUUUUACAACACCCUUGAUGGAGAGUAUGAGGAAAAUUAUACAGCAAUGGAACGCUCCAGCUCUGUAUAUAAUGGUUAUGGCAGCAGUUACUGUCCCCGAACUUUAAACUUGGACUAUCUAGCCUUAGACUUCAAUGCAACAUCUCCCUCUCCUGUUCAGAAGAAGCCAUUCCUUUCAUCUAUGCUGGAAGAGAGGGUAGACUACGUCCAGGUAGAUGAACAGAAGACCCAGGCUUUGCAGAACACUAAACAAGAAUGGACUGAUGUACGGCAAUCUUGUCCUCUGUCAAAAACUUUAAAAUGACAAUUUUAUAUGACAGCCGAACUUCAUAAUGGAUUAAAAUGCGAGUGGAUUAAUAUGGUUUGAGAAAUCACUAAUUGAAGGUGUAAAUUGAUUUCUUUCAAUUAGGAAGUGAACAUACAAUAGGCAGCUUCCAAAUUGCUGCCUCCAUCAGAGAGACAAAGAAUACACAAAGAAUGUCAUAUUUUUAGCAGUGAUGCCACUGUAUUGGAUAAUUUUGAGUUUGUUUUUGUUUAUAUUUUAACAGCAAUUUGUUACAAACUGUGUCAAAUAGAAUCCAGAAGAAUACCAAGUGGUUUUAUUAGCUGCUGGUAUAACUCUUAUUUUUCAUACAGCAGGUCUGUUGUGAAGGUCAAAGGUCAAAAUACAGAUCAUCUUCCAUUCUCUGCCCAAAGGCUGGUCCAACACAUAACGACAUGCUGUCUAAUGUAAGUGGGAAAGGGAGGCAGCUGCUGAAUCCACUCCAGGCAGAUCAGGCAUUGAACCCUGUACUUUUGGUCCCACUGUGAUCCGAACCACCACCUUCCAACCAAUUGAGCUACACUGGCCACUCCAACAUGAGUUGCUAUGAUAGCAUGCUCUUUUACAUGUGUAAUGUAGUCUGGAGGAAAUAAUGGUAAUGGUGGACAUUCUGAUUUUCCCUCCAUUACAUAAUGGAGCAGGAAUCUUUCACCCUUUUUACCAGUUAUGAUUGGUUUAUGUUGUAAGAAUUUGCACAUUGAUGUUAAAUCUCUUUGACUGUGUUAUGAACUUUGGCCAUCAAGUCCUGGAGUAGCAGAUGAACCCAGAGAUUCUGGCUCAGAAGCAGUUACACUGCCCUCUAUGUCACAAUAUAACAUGUCCUAGGUUAAGAAAAAAGGAAAGAGAGAAAUGUGGUAAAAUUAAGAGGAAUAGUUUCCAAGACAUCCAGCUUGGAUCAUAAGAGUCAAUUGACUAAAAGAGAAAGAAAAGGGCUUAAGAGGUUUCAUCAUUUUGAAAUAGCAGGUGACUUCAGUGUGUCCUGAUUUCAAUGCAGUGGAAAUACAGUGAAAUUGGAAUCUGUGUUUGGCAAUAUUUCUGGAGCUGAGAGACCAACAAAAUAUAAAAUUGAGGGAAACAUUUCAGUUAAUGCGUUGAUUGCAAUGACACUGAGAGAAAUCUUGGACGUAAAGUCUAACAGUGGCUUGCAUCAAACUUUCCCAUAUUCAGAAGUGCAGGAGAGCUGUUAAAAGAGCUUUAUGAAAACAGUAUUGAGGUUUUAAAGUAUAAAAUUCUGAGCCUUCAGUCAGCAUGCAGGGUAUAACUAGUCAUGCUGGUAUUUUAAUAUGGUAGCUUUUGCCACCAAAGGGCACCAAACACAAUGAUAUGUAAACUAAUUUUGUCCUUUGUUUGGAUAGUAAUCGUUUUAUAUGUUCAAGAUUUAUAUCUUUUAUACAAGUUUUGACUUUUGCCCGUAUCCUAAAAGAAGCAAAAGACAAAUCCCUAUGAAAUCAUAAUGUAAAUGUUUUUGGAAAGCCAAAGUGAAACUGCUGGACAGUUCCACAAGUCCAAAUGAUAUAUCUUCAAAUUAUCUUCAAUUUCUAAUAGAACAAAAGUUUCUGCCUCAUUCUAAGAUUCCUAUUUAUGUUGGAAUUAUUAUUACAUUUAUUGCACUAGUUUAUCAGGUAACCUUUUAUUCAAAUUGCAUAGGAGCAUUUAUUCUGUGAUAAACAAGAACAAGGAACAGAUUUUUAUUUUAACUCAGGAAUAGAAUAUGAAUGUUAAUAAAACAAAUACUAAAAAUAUGAAUUCAAAAAACAGAAAUUGUCAAACAAGAUAACAUCACAUCCAUUACCAGGAGGGAUGAGUGAAUAGAGACCCUUUGUAAGAAUAAAUGAAGAGCUUAUAUCCAAAACAUAACCUCUUAAAAAUGCUAACAAACCUGUUAUACAUUUCCAGUAUUGGAUGAGACUUUAUCUCAGUCAAAUUGCAAUUACUUAUAGAGUUAAAACUGAGCCCGUUUUGUUUCUUUUGUAGAAAUAUCAGCAAUCAUUUGUAAUUUUUCAGGAAUUUUUUGGGCGAACAGAUGAAGUGAAUUAGCUGUUUAACCCCAUCUUAACUCAGCCUAAACUUGAUUCUAUUCAAUGUAAUCAAAUAUCCCCUUCUCUUGCUAAAAAGAAACUGAAAACUGUUCUGCUGAAGUUUAAUUUUUGUUUUGCUUUGAACAAAUCCUGCUUUACAGUCCUAAAGAAAAUGCUGACACGUAGGCAUUGGUUACGGUUGUCAUAAAACCUAAAUUCUGAAAAUGGUCACCUUGUGAUAAAUGGGAUCUCCAAACUGAUUUGAGAUAUGACCUUUGCUACUUUUUUCUCUAACACUGUUGCUUUCCUGUUGAACAUUUUUGAUUUUUGUCACGUAGUAUUGAAGAAAAUAGAUUGAGGACAGUAGCUGGAUUCAGCCAUCAGGUUUUUUUUUUGCCUUUGAAGGCAUUGAUUCUCAGUGAGGUUCAACUGGGUUAUUAUUCCUCAUAUGCUUUUAGAGCUAAUGCAGGUGGAGGUUAACGUCAUAGUUGCAGCUUAUACUAUUCUCGACUGUGUAUCAUGCAUGUACACUGGUUCCACUGAGGAGUGAUCAAUUCCAAAGGCCAAUACUGAUUUUCAUCACUCAGCAAUCCUGGAGAAAUAAGGACUAAUUAGAAUAUCACAAGCACUGUCCUCAGUUAAUCUGCUAGCUCAGUACUGAAUAGGAUUAGAACCUGACACAUAUUAAUUUUGAAGGAUUAAUGUUACAUUGAACAAUGAUUUUGCACCCAAGGUAAUUGAGGAGAGAUAGUAGUCAAAAACACUAGACCAUUUUGAUAACUUGCAUUCAAUAAGUUAUUGUAACCAAUACUUUCCAAAAUGUUGAAAAUGCACUUGUGUUCAGAUUAAAUUUCUCCAUUAGACCAUAAGACCUAGGAGCAGUAUUGGGCUAUCUAGCCCAUUGAAUCUUCUCCACCAUUCAAUGAUAUCAUGACCCUCCCACAGUGGGGAAUCAAGCUGUCAGUGUUCAAAAUAAAACAAGGAACUGUGGAUGCUGGAGAUCUGAAACAAAAACAAAAAGUGCUGGAAAAACUCCGUUCUGAAGAUGGUUCGCAACUUGAAACUUAAUUCUGUUUGCCUCUCCACAUGUGCUGAGCUUUUUCCAGCACUUUGUGUUCUUGUCUCUUAGCAUAUAUCCUGUCGAGAUCCCUAAACAUUUUAGGCUUCAAUGUGGUCUCCUCUCAGCCUUCUAAACUCCAAAGGUUUUAACCCGGGGUUAUUAUUUCACAGUGCAAUUUCCUUUUGGAUGGAGUGUCAUAGCAACAGUUAUCAGAACCGAAAUAUUUCUAAUUCCUUUCUCAGUCUUGAUUAUGAAUAAAUAAAAUUUGGUAUUCAUGUUAUAUUAUAAACCCAGAAGACACAGAAAGCCAAAGAUGUAUGUUUUUCUUAUGAAAAAUUAUGUGAGCACCCUACCCAUUCAUCUCUCCAGGUCCAGUAGUCCACCUUUGGGGCAUUCAGCUGUAACCGUACUACUGGACAGUAUAAGCAUUUCAGCAACUUUUGUUUUAUGGCUUCUCAUUUCUUGGCCUUGUUCUAGUGAGGAAGGCAGAGAAGCAGGUGAUUGGUUGCUUUCGGUGCUAAACAUGAUAAAAUGCUACUUAAUGUUCGAUUCUACAGUUCUACCAUGCCAUGAGUCAUGUCGCCUACAUCCAUUCCAUGGAAACAAAACUAUUGAUGCCAUUUGGCAUUAUUUUCAGUCAUUUUUUUCAAAAGCAUCACUUGAGGUCCAUUACCCAGAAUGCAUUAACUCUUGGGAUACAGAUCUGCAGUAGGUUUUUGCCACAUUUAGCUAACUUCCAACAUAUUGCCUCAUUUGGCUGCCAAAGUCAGUCAUCAUACAGAAACAGAAAGCAAAAAGAACAUUAAAUUGUUCCAUUUAAUUGCUCAAAUGAUAUGUGGAAAAUUCUUAUCAUCUACUAGCCUUCCAAAAAAAAUUGGCAAGCCAUAAAUUCUGGAAAUACUUGGAAGAUUACAUAUGUCCUAUAAGAGAAAUGACUUCACAAAAUUUCUUUCCUUUAUUAAAAUUGAUUUUUGCCUUUAUAUUCUCGGGGCAAAAGCCAUUAAGGUACAUGGAAUGGAGUCAAGUAAAUGAGAUUGGGUUACAGAUCAGGCAUAUCCUAAUUGAAUGGCAGAGCUGGCUGCAAUAUUUGAACGUCUUUAUCCUGGUCCUAAAAUCCUAAUUUUAAUCCAGCCAGUCGAAAGAAUAUGGAUAGGAUGAUGGCUAGUAAAGUUUAACAAUUUUAACCGAUGGGUUCAUCAAAGCAAAAAGGCAAGGCAUACUUUGUUAGCACAAAUAGGAAGAACAAGGGAUGAUUUUUACAAUGUGCCUGCUUUCAAAUCCAUCUCUGAUUGAUGGAGUGAAAGUCUUUGACAAUUGGCCACAAGAGUUUAUUUUGAGGGAUUUGUGGUAUAAUCUCUCUUUAGCUGUUGGUUAAUUUCAUCAAAAAUUACAUCAGACAGGGUAUAACAAUGGCAACUGAUCCGGUCACAACAAUUUUUCAUGUGACCUGUUUGGUUAAAAUUACCCCGUUCGAUUCACAUGAACAUACCUAUGAACCAGCGGUAGUAGUAGGCCUUUCAGCUCGUCGAGAUGCUCUGCCACGCAAUAAGAUCACAGUUGAUCUGAUUGUAGCCUCAAAUCCACAUUUCUGUUCCCCUGAGAAUCUUUCAGCCCCUUACCUAACAAAAAUCUAUCUACCUCUGUCUUAAAAAAAAUCAGGAAUUCUACUUCUGCAAUCUUUUCAGGAUGGGUGUUCCAAGACUCAAAAUCCUUUGAGAGAGAAGAAAUCUCACUUAAAAUCUCUGUUUUAAAUGUGUCACCUAUCAUUUUAAAAAGCUGAUCCCAGAUAUAAAUUCUCCCAUAAGAGUAAACAUCCUUUCCACUUUUAACCUAUGACCUUUCAGAUUAUAUGGUUUAAACAAGUUCUAUCUUAGUCUUCUGAACUCAAGUGAGUACAUGCUUAACAAAGUGUGAAGCUGGAUGAACACUGCAGGCCAAGCAGCAUCUU